AUUUCUUCACCUCCAACUUCAUACAACCUGGCCUCUCCCUUUGCACCAGUGUUCCUGGCCAGAAAAGUCCAAGGAGUGGUCAGAGAAUGAAAAUAUUCCGUUGUGGAAAAGUAAUAUGUUGGACCUUUGAAAUGAAAUGGACCUUUUGAAUUUACCACUUAAACCAGAGUAGCCUAAUCUGAGAUUAAUAAGAUUCUGCACUCCGUAGUGAUUGGAGUGUUUCUUCUUUCUUCACCAUUUUGAAGUAACAGGAAGUAUAACAAUCGCCGAACAACCAUGGGGAGUAAGGAGCGCUACCACUGGCAGACCCAGAAUGUGAAGGUGAGUGGCGUGGACGAUAUGGUCCUGCUCUCCAAGAUCAAUGAAGACUCCAUCACAGACAACCUCAAGAAGAGAUACAUGGAUGACUACAUCUUUACUUAUAUCGGCCCGGUGUUGAUUUCAGUCAACCCAUUCAAACAACUGCCAUACUUCACUGACCGAGAAGUGGAAUUAUACCAGGCUGCAGCCCAGUAUGAGAAUCCCCCACAUAUCUAUGCAUUGGCAGACAACAUGUACCGCAACAUGAUGAUUGACAUGGAGAACCAGUGUGUGAUCAUCAGUGGAGAAAGUGGUGCCGGCAAGACCGUGGCAGCCAAGUACAUCAUGAGCUACAUCUCCAAAGUGUCCGGAGGUGGACCUAAAGUUCAGCACGUGAAAGACAUCAUCCUGCAGUCCAACCCCCUCCUGGAGGCUUUCGGAAAUGCCAAGACCGUGCGCAACAACAACUCCAGUCGCUUUGGUAAAUAUUUCGAGAUCCAGUUCAGUCGAGGCGGGGAACCUGAUGGAGGAAAGAUCUCAAACUUCCUUUUGGAAAAAACGAGAGUGGUCUCCCAGAACCACGGGGAGAGGAACUUCCACAUCUACUACCAGCUCUUAAACGGGGCUACCAAAGAGCAGAGGGAGAAUCUUGGUGUCACAACACCAGACUACUACUACUAUCUCAACCAGUCGGGAACCUACACUGUGGAGGACGUCAAUGACAAGAAGGAAUUUGCAGACACCAUGGAGGCCAUGACAGUGGUGGGCUUGACUCCAGAUGAGCGGGACACUGUGCUGCAAAUUGUUGCAGGGAUCCUUCAUCUUGGGAACAUAGCUUUCAGAGAGGAGGGAAACUAUGCUAUGGUGGACAGUGAGGACUUCUUGGCUUUCCCGUCCUUCCUGCUUGGCAUCUCCCAAGAUGGCCUGAAGAGCAAGCUGACCAGCCGUAACAUGGACAGUAAAUGGGGCGGGAAGACGGAGACCAUCUCGGUCACCCUCAACACAGAGCAGGCCUCCUUCACCAGAGAUGCCCUCUCCAAAGCGCUCUAUUCCCGCCUGUUCGACUUCCUGGUGGACGUAAUCAACAAAGCCAUGCAGAAAGACAGCGAGGAGUUCAACAUUGGGGUGCUGGACAUUUACGGUUUUGAGAUUUUUCAGAAAAACGGCUUUGAGCAGUUCUGUAUCAACUUUGUGAAUGAAAAACUACAGCAGAUUUUCAUUGAGCUCACACUGAAAGCUGAGCAGGAAGAGUAUGUCCAGGAGGGCAUACGAUGGACUCCUAUAGAGUAUUUCAACAACAAGGUUGUGUGUGACUUAAUCGAGUCCAAAUUGAAUCCCCUGGGUAUCAUGAGUAUCCUGGACGACGUGUGUGCCACCAUGCAUGCCAAGGGUGAGGGGGCAGACCAGACCCUCCUGCAGAAGCUCCAGAGUCAGAUCGGCAAUCAUGAGCACUUCAACAGCUGGAACAAGGGCUUCAUUGUACACCACUACGCUGGCAAGGUAUCAUAUGAUGUCAAUGGCUUCUGUGAGCGGAACCGGGAUGUGCUCUUCAAUGACAUCAUCGAGCUAAUGCAGGGCAGUGAAUUUGAGUUCAUCAAAUCCUUAUUCCCGGAAAACCUAGAUGCAGAGAAAAGGGGGCGACCUACCACUGCAAGCAUCAAAAUUAAGAAACAGGCCAACGACCUGGUGCAGAGGCUGAUGAAGUGCACGCCCCACUACAUCCGCUGCAUCAAGCCCAACGAGACCAAGAAGCCGCGCGACUGGGAGGACAGCCGUGUCAAGCACCAGGUGGAGUACCUGGGCCUGCGCGAGAACAUCCGCGUGCGCCGCGCCGGCUUCGCCUUCCGCCGGCCCUUCAGCAAGUUCCUGCACAGGUAUGCCAUUCUGACCAAAGAGUCGUGGCCCAGGUGGACAGGAGACGAGAGGAAAGGGGUGCUGCAUCUGCUCGGCUCAGUCAACAUGGACUCGGAUCAGUACCAACUGGGGAAGACCAAGGUCUUCAUCAAAGCUCCAGAAUCGCUGUUCCUGCUGGAGGAGAUGAGAGAGCGGAAGUAUAACGGGUACGCCCGAGUCAUCCAGAAAGCCUGGCGCAAACACAUCGCUGUCCGCAAAUACGUCAAAAUGCGAGAGGAAGCGUCCGACAUCCUGCUGAAUAAGAAGGAACGCAGGAAGAACAGCCUGAACCGCAACUUCGUCGGGGACUACAUCGGCACCGACAACCACCCAGAGAUCCGGCAGUUUGUGGGCCGCAGGGAGAGGAUCGACUUUGCUGACGUCGCCGUGAAAUACGACCGCAGGUUCAGGCCCGUCAAGCGUGACCUCAUUCUGACCUCCAAAUUCCUUUACCUGAUUGGUCGGGAGAAGGUGAAACAAGGCCCAGAUAAGGGACAGAUUCAGGAGGUCUUGAAGAGACAAAUUGAGAUGGAGAAGAUCGAGUCUGUCUCUCUCAGUACGUUACAGGAUGAUUUCUUCAUUGUGCAUGAGGAGCACUAUGACAGCGUACUGCAGUGUGUCUUCAAGACCGAAUUUCUCAGCCUGCUUUUUAAACGCUAUGAAGAGAAGACCCAGAGGAAGCUCCCAAUCAAGUUUAACAAUCUGCUGGAGUUCAAGGUGAAAAAGGGAGGCUGGGGUCCUUUCUCGUCGGCCGGCUCCAGGCAGAUCCAGUUCCAGGCGGGCCAGGGAGACGUGGCGCUUCUGAAGCCCAGCGGAAAGCAGCUGAUCAUCAGCAUUGGACCCGGUCUUCCCAAGAACUCCAGGCCGACUCGACGAGACCACAGGAAGAGCAGAUACAUGGGUAACCAGGCGCCCAGCUCGAGAGGCUAUUCCCGCGAGGCUCCGCGUCAUGAUCCUCGUGGGGGAGACAGCAGGGGCCGCCAGUCGUCCAGGGCGUCUCUGAUCCGCCAGCAGUCCAGCAUGGAGCAGCCCAGCCUGCCCCGGCAGCAGCGGCAGCAACGGCAGUCCCGCAACCCCAGCCCUAGGAACACGGACAUGGGCUUCAUGAAUGUGCCCGACCAAGGCGUGGCUGGAAUACAUCGCAGACGGUCAAAGGAGUACAAGCCCGUGCCGGGGUCAGGCCGUCCCAAGCCCGCGCCCAAGCCCAAGCCACGAGGGCCUCAGUGCAAAGCCCUGUGGGCCUACGACGCCCAGGACACCGAUGAGCUCAGCUUCAACGCUGACGAUGUUAUUGACAUCCUUACUCAAGAUGCAUCUGGCUGGUGGUAUGGCCGCUUGAGAGGACGAGAGGGAAUGUUUCCUGGCAACUACGUUGAAAAAAUCUGAACAAAGGAAUGAAUACCUGGAGGACCCAAUCAGUUUUUUUUAAUAAGAGAGAGAUGGAACUGAUGUGAAUAUUCAGAGAGGCAACUUGAGCAAUGAAGAUGCCAGAAACAGGUGUUUUACUGAUAUAAAGCACUCUAGGCAUUUUUUACAGAUAAUUACAGAUUUUUACACUGAAGCAUACACAUGCAUAUAUUUGUGCACACAUACAGACACACACAUACAGCCCACAAACAUGUUAGUAUCUUAAAAUCUGUCAGCUAUUUUAUUGAACACAGCACUCUAAUAGCCAAUGUGUAAUGGCUAUUGAAUGAGAUUUAAUAGAAAUAUUUUUUAGGAUAUGGUGCAUUUUUAUAUUUUUAUGGUAUAAGAAAAAAUGAACAAAUGUUUAAGCCUUUUGUCAAUGAGAUUGCCGCCACUUUAACAUUGUAAUUCCUGCACAACUUGAAAGCCAGUAUAUGUCUGCAGUAGUAAGCCUACAUAACUGCAGUGCUCAAUUCUGUACGUUGUUGCAUCGUAUUAUUUCAGUCAUAAAAAAUCCAAACAUUGGUAGUCAGGUGGCAAUGUCCCUCCAGGGACCGAGAGAGUGCCAUAGUCUGCAUUGUGUUGGUUGAAGAAUAGAAUCAGGUUACUUACUUUCCUGGCUGCUUCCUCAACCCCGUCACUGUACAGACCUACAGUAGAUCUAGUAUUCAAACAAACACAUAUUUGUUUUGUACAAUGUUUAUGAGCCUUUGUCAGAGUCCUUGUUCUUAUGAUACUGUCCAUGAGAGAGCCUUUUCAGUCUUGCCCCCCUCUUAAACUACAUUGAACAUAUGAGGCAACAGUUUUAUAUACUACGUGUGUCUGGGAUCUCUUUGAAAUGUUUAAAUAAAAAUGUUUUAUCUUGUGAA